GCUUCCCAAUCAAAACCCAUAGCUGUGAUCACCAAACACAUAACAUUUCUAAGCCCAACAUACUCUAUAUAUGUCCCUCUUCUCUCUCUGCUCUACCAACUCUGAGUAGUGUGUGAUUAGUUUCUGUAUAGCAUUAGCCAUAGCCACCGCAUACCACCAUGUUUUCCCCAAGAGACAUGCCUUCUCCCUCCUCAAUCUUCUCAGCCUACGCCUCCAUGACAGCCUCUAUCAUGCUGCUGCGUUCCAUGGCCAACGAGCUCAUUCCCCACCCAAUCCGCGGCUACCUUUUCAACACCUUCCGCUACCUCAUCAGGCCUCGCUCCCCUACCCUCACCCUCAUCAUCGAAGAGUCCACCGGCAUAGCCCGUAACCAAGUCUACGACGCCGCGGAGGCUUACCUCUCCACCCGCGUCAGCCCCGAAAACGAGAGGCUCAAGAUCAGCAAGAGCCCCAAGGAGAAGAAACUAACCAUUCGCUUAGAAAAGGGUGAGAAGGUGGUGGACUGCUUCAACGGCGCCUUCUUCAAGUGGAGAUUCAUCUGUGCCGAGUCCGAGAAGAACAACCCCAACGACCACACCAACAGCAACAUCUCCGUAAGAUCCGAAAAGCGGUCGUUCGAGCUCAGCUUCCCGAAGAAACACAAGGAAAUGGUGCUGGACUGCUAUCUGCCCUUCAUCCUGGAGAAGGCGAAGGAGAUGAAAGACGAGGAACGCGUGCUGAAGAUGCACACGCUCAACACUUCCUACUGUUUCAGCGGGGUCAAAUGGGACUCCAUAAACCUGGAGCAUCCUUCCACGUUUGAGACGCUGGCGAUGGAGCCGGACCUGAAGAAUGCGGUGAUAGAGGACUUGGACAGGUUCGUCAAAAGGAGGGAGUUUUACAAGAGAGUAGGGAGGGCAUGGAAACGUGGCUACUUGCUCUAUGGCCCUCCUGGGACUGGCAAAUCCAGCUUGAUCGCUGCCAUGGCCAAUUACUUGAAAUUUGACAUCUUUGACCUCCAACUCGGGAACAUUGUAAGGGAUUCCGACCUCAGAAAGCUUCUUCUCGCCACCGCUAACAGGUCCAUCUUGGUCAUUGAAGACAUUGAUUGCAGUGUGGAUCUCCCAGAGCGCCGCCAUGGAGAUGGACGUAAACAAACUGACGUACAGGCUGACAGAGAAUCUGAUGGAUGGAUGCAGUUGACUUUGUCGGGGUUACUAAACUUCAUUGAUGGGCUAUGGUCCAGUUGUGGAGACGAGAGAAUAAUCAUAUUCACCACCAACCACAAAGAGAGACUAGACCCAGCACUGUUGCGGCCCGGAAGAAUGGACAUGCACAUUCACAUGUCCUAUUGCUCCUACCAAGGCUUCAAGCUUUUGGCCUCAAACUACUUGGAAACUCCCUCUGAACAUCCCCUCUUUGGAGAGAUAGAGGGGUUGAUAGAGGACAUACAGAUAACCCCAGCGCAAGUGGCAGAGGAAUUGAUGAAGAACGAGGACGCGGAGGCCACACUUGAAGCAUUCGUGAAGCUACUGAAGAGAAAGAAGAUGGAGGGUGAUGUUUGCGAGAACUAUGGUCCUGAGAAACCACAACCUUCCAAAAGGCGCAAGGUUGGUUGCAAGCAAAAACCAGGUGUCGGCAUUAGCAAGAGCAACAUUGGUGUGACUCAAAGAAGGACAAGGAGAAUGAGAAGAGAGCGUAGUUUUUAGUCUCCUGGUCCAAGAUAUAUGGUCGAAUAAGGUUGUUGCAGCUACUACUACUUGUCUCCGCAAACUAAAAUCGCUGAUGUAGGCUUCGGGCUUUUCUUACUUUUAAUCAGUUGCUAAGAGGCUAGCUAGCUACAUUUUCUAUCCAAAACUUCAGACUCUCGUUGAAAUGAAAGGGUAGCACUGUGUGAUUGCUGGUAUCGGUAAAUGAACAAUAUAUGUACGUACAUGUAAUUGUGUAUAGUUGUCCAAACAACGGACACUGCCCACUGUAUUCAAGCAACAUAGGUUCUUGAGAGUAAUAUCUUGUUAAUUCAUCCUACGAAGUAUUUAU